AUGACAGAGUCUGAAACUACAUCAACAGGAGGUUCUGCGUCAGGAGGCUGUGGCAAUUGGGACAGAAAGGACCCUCACCAGCAAGAAGUGACCAGCAUCAUGAGCGAGUUUAAGCACGAUCUGACGGGUAUUAUACACAUAUCAAAAGACGGGAUCUUACGUUCCCUGACCGCAGAUCGUAAAGUGAUCUCUGCCCAGGGACUCACCCCUGAGCAGAUCCAUGCAUUCCAGUUGAGGGUGCCCGAGAGCCACAGAACGAUUCCCGAGGGUGCGGACGGGACUAAGACCGACAAAGCAACAUGGUUCGCGCCAGACGCGGCCACGCUUCCUUCACCCAUGUCGAAAGAACACAUCGAGAAGCAGAUGAACAUGCCUGAUGAUAUGAAGAAAAUCCUGCGAGAGAAAAUGAAGAACAACCCUAAGUAA